AUGCGGGGCAUUUACUUGUUGUUCGCAACGUUGAUGUCGUUUUUUCUCUCUUCCGCCCAAACAUUAGUUGCUAUAAAUGAUUUCUCAUUAUCGGAAGCAUCUCCUUCGGAGUCUCCUAGCACAAUAAAACCAGAAACAUCCACGAGCUCGAGGAAGGAUGAAUCGUCAUUCACAUCCUCUUCAGUCACAUCGAUGAUUACGAACACGAUCGCUAUCUCUUCCAUCCUAUCAGCCGCUUCCACAUCAGGAGCAGAUAAUCUACCCGGAAAUGGGGAAGCCACAUCGACAGCAACAACGAGCGCUCCUUUUUCGAGUUCUACAGCCGGAUCAUCUGCAAGCUCUGGCAUAAGCCGCAACACCCUGAUCAUCAUCCUUGCUUCCGUCUUGGGUACGUUCGGUAUCAUUUUAGUCUCAAUCGCUAUAUAUCUUUUCAUUCGUUAUCGGAGAAAUCGAAGUUUUACCGGAAGAGGAGUGACACCGAUAGACGACGACGAGAUUGAAUCGUGGCGGCGCUCGGGAAAUGAGAGAAAAGUGUUUAUGGGUGAGGACCUAGUAAUCGAUAAAGAGACGGGAGGUCGAGAUUAUACACAAUCCAAUACGAUACAAAUGACACAUUCGCCGGGAUGGACGUGGACAGCCUCUCCUACUUCUUCUCGAACACGAUCCCCCUUUUAUCCUUCAGGCGUCUCAAGCUAUAUACCUGAUAGCCCUACUUUCCUCGCCCAGGCACCGAAUGCUAGAAUCGGUCUGACAGACGAAGUAGUGCCUGGUGCGGAACCAUUCAUUAAACCAGUCGAACGACAUAGAUCACGGCUAUCGAAGUCGGGAGGUCAUUCACGCACGAAGAGCAGGAGAAGUAGUGUGAGUGGGAGGAGCAUGUGGAGUGUCAAAAGUGGCAAUGGAGGCGAAUUGAAGGAAUUGAGAGCCAAUGACAGGGUAGCGACAUGGUAUGAUCCAGAAGACGACUUUCGAAUCCACGGAGAUUACAACCACAGAGACUACAACGAUUCAUCGGAUAUGUCCUUUCGAGAAAUGGCAUCAGGCCCUGGGACUCUAGCACCAAUCACACCAUUAUCACCAAGGCCACCGCCGCGAGCUGCGUAUCCACCUUUCUGGGAUAGCGAUCGGGAAAUUGGGUUGGCUAUCUCAUAG